AUGGAGGAGGAUGCUGCAAGGAAGAGGAAGAUGCCCCGCGACCACCAGGCAGACAAGAAGCUGAGGAUGGAGACCAGGGAGGACAAAUCUUCACAGCAGAACCUCAUGCAAGAGGCCGUUUUGAUUGAGUCCAGGGCACAGGAAUCCACCAGGGAGGAAAAGCCCCAAAGACCCCACAGGAGGAGGGCUUACAAACCCAGCCCAGGGUUCUCUGAGGAGGAAAGACCCACCCUGAGCCAGGAAGGUGGACAGAGCUUCAGCCAGAGCUCAGAGCUGGUGGCCCAUGAGCAGCUUAAUGAUGGGGAGAAGGCCUACAAGUGCUUGGAGUGUGGGAAGAGCUUCAGGCAGAGCAGCACCCUGAUCAGCCACCAGAUGAUCCACACUGGGGAAUGGCCCUAUGCGUGUCGGGAGUGUGGGAAGGGCUUCAGCCGGAGGUCUCACCUCAUGAACCACCAACGCAUCCACACUGGGGAGAGGCCCUACGAGCGUGCCCACUGUCAGAAGAGGUUUCGCACCACCUCCAAUCUCCUCAAGCAUGAGCGGAUUCACACAGACGAGAGGCCCUUCCGCUGUCCCGACUGUGGAAAGGGCUUCAAGCACAACUCCGACCUCGUGAAGCACCAGCGCAUCCACACUGGGGAGAGGCCCUUUGAGUGCCCCACUUGUGGGAAGAGGUUUCACACCAGCUCCAAUCUCCUCAUGCAUGAACGGAUUCACACAGAGGAGAGGCCCUUCCGCUGGCCUGACUGCAGGAAGGGCUUCAAGCAAAACUCCCACCUCCUCACCCACCGCCGCAUCCACACUGGGGAGAGGCCCUACGAGUGUCCCCACUGUGGGAAGAGCUUCACAGGGAGCUCUGCCUUGACCAGACACCUGCAGAAGCACCAGUAAGGGAAGCCCUGCAAAUGCCCCAACUGCAGGGAGAGCUGUGUGCCUGGCUCCAGCUUCAUACCCAAUUGGAGGACCCACACUGAAGCCGCUGUUUUCUCUGCCUCCCCGCUCUCUGCCACUGUCUGCCCUUGGAGCUGCACGGCUCCCGCGCUCUGCCGGAUCCCGUGCCCCGGCAGCUCCCCCUCUGCAGCCAGCACCCCUCUCCAUCGCGGGAAAGGAGGUCGCCCCACGCGGCAUCAGCCGCCUCGCUACUGCCCGCGCCACCGGCGCCGCUGCCGCCUCCCGUGCGGCCGCGUCUCCUAG